CUCCCCAAGGCUGUCACCAUCCCGAGCUACGCCAGCAAGCAUGACGACCACACGUACGGCAUGACUGACCCCAACUACACAGUCUUCGUUCGGCUGCCCAUCCUCCGGGGCGAGUUCACGGAUCCCCCUCCGGUCACCUGGGAUUCCACAAAGGACGAUGUGCUAUGGAACAUCCUCUCCGGCGCAGCCAAGACGGAAAUUGACUGGAACGAACUAGCUGCCCAUUUCGACGUGACCGUCGACUUUCUCCUCCAGCAAGUAGCCUAUCUCACUGAACGACACACCGCCCAGCUCCGCGCCCAGGUCCGCAAGGCAACAGCCGCCGCCAAAGGCUCCGCGGCACCCUCCCCGAUCCCCGGCGCCGAGCCGCACUCCCAUCAACGCACGAUAUCAGCCCUCUCCAUCCGCCGCGACUCCCCCCUUCCCCGAAACGAUGCCAGCACCCCCGCGACCCCGAUAACCACCUCCCUCCGCCCGAACCUCUCCCGCAACGGCUCAGCCGGCACCAUAACCCGCAACCUCGGCGGCGGCGGCGAAGGCACAUCGACCGCCCGCCCGGGGGCCAACAGCAACAAGCCAUCCACCACCUCGCGGCCAUCCAACGACAGCCAGCAGCAGCGCCGCCGCCUCUCCUCCCUUCCGAUCCAGAGCACGCCCCGCAGCCCGGAGCCCGCCUCGCCCCCGGACGAGUCCAGCUCCCCCGCCUCCUCCGACGAUGAGUCGAGCCCCGCGCAGUCGCGCAUCAUCCGCCGCCCGCCCCGCUUCCAGCAGCAGCGCGACGGCGGCGUCAACCUCGACGACGAGGACGACGACGACGCCGAGCCCGCGUUCCUGCAGUACAAGCCGCAGUCCGCCUCCAACGCCUCGUCGGCGCAGGACAUGGGCUCCACGCUGCGCGGCGACCCCCGGAACGCCCGGCGGACCCCGAAGGGCAAGGAGAGGAUCCACCACUCCGAGACGUCAGACUCGUCGACCAGCUCGCCGGCGCUCAUCUCACGCAGCUCCGCGACCAGCGACCGCCGCCCGGCUGCUGGCGGCGGCGGUGGCCCUCUGUCCCCGCGCCGCGCUGCUGAGUUGUCUGGGAGGAGCCCCAGCUCGAAGGGCAAGGGAUACUCCCGCGACGGGAGCGACGGUACGCCUAGUAUGGGUAGCAGUUUCAGCGACUUGGACGACGCAUCGGUGACGCAGUCCGCUUUGGAGGAGGCCCUCGCGAGUAAGAUGCAAGACGGCGCCAUAGGAAGCAGAUUCAGCAUCAGUCAAGCGUUCAGGAGUCGCUACAUGCCCAAGCCUGGCCAGCAAUAG